AUGUCCAAGGACACUCAGCAGCAGAACAACAAGGACCAGGGCAAGUACGCCUUUGAGCCCAUCCACCCCUUCAACAUGGAGGACCCCAAGUCUUGCGACAAGAUUGUCUUCUCGAAACGCUCGCUCCUCGAGUUCCUCAAGUCGUGCCAGGUCUCUGUCAACACCAACUUCACCGAGAUCUCCAAGCUCGCUGAGAUCGCCGACCCCACCGAGCCGGCGGAGAGGAAGAGCCCCGUCGACGCGGCGGGCAACCCCGUCCGUCCCUCGCGCAAGGUUAUCGACCCGCCCGGGGGCAAGACGUCGUUCAGCGUCACGGGUGACGAGUACGCGGAGGCGGACGCCCUCUCGCUCGCUCCGGCCAAGGACGGCGGCGUCGACGUCGACAUCGACCGCAUGCAGCACCUCAAGCUGCACGUCGACGAGGAGGUAGACGGCGGCGCGCACAUCGAGGACAUCCCCGACAAGCCCCAGGCCAAGCAGCAGGAGCAGGACCGCGUCGUCAACGCGCCCUCUGGAUUCAGGCCUACCCGCAAGGUCCGCGAGGGCAAGAGCUCGAUGGGCUCUGUGCUGUUCGGCGGAUACGAGGACGAGACGGAGGAGGACCGCCAGGCCGCCCGCGCCCCGACCGGCGGUAAGCGCCAUAGCGACAAGACGUCUCCGGGUACGAGGGAGGAAGGUGCGCGGCGUAUGUCGUGGGCAGCGCGUGUGCCAUCUGGAACUCGACCAGAAGUGUUUGUUUGUGUCCGAUCAGCACCAGAAGCGAGCGCCCAAGCCCUCCAGGCCCAUCCAAUGUCACCUCCCCCGCUCGAGCCGCCUCUCUCUUCGCUUUCCAGCUACGCAGAUUAUGCAAAAGCUGACGCCAGGCUUCCCAGGGCCUCUGGUAACCGCAAAGUCGAUUCUGUAGUCCAUUAUGCAUUGUGUCCUUUCUUCAUUCUACUCGUACUGCUACCUUGCGUUCUUGCCCUACGGUGGGCACGGAAAGUCCCAAAGUCAAGGGUCGGAAGCAAACCAGUGAUCAGUGACGACGGCGGCGUCCCCUUCGCACCCUCGGGCGCGGGGCAGACUUGCGGCGAUCACCACGUGGCCGCCCCGAUCCCCCCCCCCCCUUCCUCUCCUCUCCGGGAGAGCGAUGACGGCACCCGUGCCUCGGUGCCUCGCCAGCUGUGCCGCCAGCUCAUGCCGAGGAAGGAUGGGACUUGGCAACAGACGUGUCAACAACCCUUUUCGUCAACCUCCACAUACACCCCAGAGCGACAACGAAAGAUGGACCGCAUCCAGCAGAAUCCGGAAGAGCUCAUGCGGUUCGCGAACAUCGCGGUCGGCGGACUCGCCAUCGCGGGCGGCGUGGGGAGUAUCAUCAACCUGAGCUUCUCCUCGAUCAUUAUCGGCGUGUACGAGCUCAUCUUCGGCGCCGGCCUCAUCGCCCUCGAACUCGUCCCCUCCGCGGACCACUACUCUGCCCAAAUUGCGCGCUACGCCUCCUUCCUGCACUCCUUCCUAGGCCGGGGCGUGUUCUACCUCUUCCUCGGCGUCCUCAUGCUCAACUACUACGUCAUCCUCUACGUGUGCGGCACGGCUGUGGCCGUCGUCGGGCUUGUCUACAUUGCCCUCCACUUUUGGGCCCCCUUCGACCCGCCGAGUACCAUGAAGCCGCCCUCGAUGGAUCCCGAGGCGCAGCCCGUUUGGCAGGCGCCGACUGAGGACUAA